AUGUUACCCAUUUCGAUUCCGGACAUCCCCCUCUCUCUUCUGGCGCCCGCCGCCGCCACCACUGUCGCAUACCUCAAUGCCAAGUAUGCGCUAUUCUAUGAUGUCAAAUUAAUCGGUGGCUUGCUCAAGGGCAUUGUAAAAUCCCGCCUUGCUUUUCGUCGGGAUAGUGUGAAUCUCUUCUAUAUAUUAGAACAACAUGCGCUCGCCCCCGCCACCAGAGACUCCGAAUUCAUUGUUUACGAAGGACGCUCGUGGACCUUCCACGAAACGUAUGUGAUGGCGCUGCGGUAUGGUACUUGGCUGAAGAAAGUUCACGGAGUCAAGCCGAAAGAAGUCGUGGCGAUUGAUUUCAUGAACUCCUCGACGUUCGCGUUCCUAAUGCUGGGUCUCUGGAGCAUCGGUGCCGUGCCCGCCUUGAUCAACUAUAACUUGGCAGGGAAGCCGUUGUCGCACUGCAUCCAGGCCUCGACUGCUCGGCUACUCAUCGUUGACGAGGAAGUCCAGCCAUCCUUCCCCCCGGAGCAGAUCGAGAUUUUGAAUUCGCCCGAUUUCCGCCCAGGGAAGGGCUCGGUGGAGGUGGUCAUCUUCACGCCCGAGGUGGAGGAUCAAGUCCUUCAGUCGGAUGCCAUUCGAGACGAGGACGAAGCUCGUGGUGGUGUCGCGCUUCGAGACAUGGCGAUGCUGAUCUACACCAGCGGCACCACCGGUCUUCCCAAGCCGGCAAUUGUCAGCUGGAGGAAGUGCUGGAGUGGAGGCGCCUUUGUGUCGAACUGGCUUAGUCUGUCAAAGGGCGAUCGAUUGUUUACGUGCAUGCCACUCUAUCACUCGUCGGCCUGCAUUUUAGGGCUCGUUACCUGCAUGAUGAGCGGCACCGCCAUCAUCAUUGGUCGCAGAUUCUCCGCCCGGAACUUUUGGCGAGAGGCACGUGAGAACAACGCAACCAUCGUCCAAUAUGUUGGCGAAACCCUCAGGUAUUUGCUGGCCGUCCCUCCUUCAAUCGAUUGCAUCACUGGGGAGGACCUGGACAAGAAGCACACGAUCCGGGCGGCUUUCGGCAACGGCUUGCGACCCGACAUUUGGAACCGCUUCAAAGAGCGAUUCAACGUGCCCACCAUUGCCGAGUUCUACGCGGCCACCGAAGGCACUUCCGGAUCCUGGAACCUGUCCUCCAACGACUUCACCGCAGGAGCCAUCGGACGGAAUGGCGGUUUCAGCUCGCUGAUCCUCGGAGGCGGGAUCGCGCUCGUCGAAGUCGACCACGAAUCCCAACAGCCCUGGCGCGAUCCCAACACCGGCCUCUGCAAGAAGGUUCCGCGCGGUGAACCGGGCGAGCUCAUGUGGGCGAUCGAUGCGCGCGACCCCGGCGACAAAUUUCAGGGCUACUUCGGCAACGAUAAGGCCACCGAAGGCAAGAUCCUCUUCGACGUGCUCCGCAAAGGCGACGCGUAUUUCCGCACCGGCGACAUGGUCCGCUGGGACAAGGAAGGACGGUGGUACUUCAACGACCGCCUCGGCGACACCUUCCGCUGGAAGAGCGAGAACGUGUCCACCAGCGAAGUGGCCGAGAUCCUGGGCGCCCAUGCCGACGUGCACGAGGCCAACGUCUACGGCGUUGCCUUGCCCAACCACGAUGGCCGCGCUGGCUGUGCUGCCGUCGUCAUGGAGCAGCAGCUCCAGGCGACCGAUCCGUCUAUUUUGUCCGCGCCCAGCCCGUCGACGCUCCAAAGCCUGGCCUCCCACGUCCUCCAAAGCCUUCCCCGGUACGCGGCGCCGCUGUUCCUGCGCCUCACGCCGCAAAUGCAGGCAACGGGCAACAACAAGCAACAGAAACAUGUUCUGCGGACUGAAGGCGUGGAUCCGUCCCUGGUCUCGUCCUCUGACAAGCUCUACUGGCUGCAGGGUAACACCUAUGUGCCUUUUGAGCGGAAGGACUGGGACGGACUUCAGGGUGGGCAGGUGAAGCUGUAG